UUUUCACAGUUUUGCUUAGACGAAAAAACACUAGCCGAGGCGCCUGCAAGUCGCCGCUGCCAGGGGAGGGCCAGGGAAGUCCGCGGGUUCCGUGAGUCCUGCGCGCUGGCGGCGUCUGGCCACCUACGACCGACCCACGUAGAACCUCGGCUGCGGUUCUUGCGCGACGCUCCCCGGUUCUCGCUACCUCUUAGGGGUCGGAGUCCCGCGGCCUGCGCAGCCCGGCUCUCAGCUAACAGGAAGAAAGGGCACGACCUCAAACUGGCGAGUUGCACUCAAGCUGAGGGAAGCAGACGGAAAUCCAGGGUUCCACUGGUAAGAAGGCCACUGCCGGUGGAAUGGCCAACCUGCAGGAGGCCAAUGGAAGCACAGCGUGGCCACCGCCCCCAGCAUCCAAUAUCAGUGAGCCCCACCAAUGCCUGCUGCUGCUGUAUGAGGAUAUCGGCUCCUCCAGGGUCCGGUACUGGGACCUCCUGCUGCUCAUUCCCAAUGUGCUCUUCUUCAUCUUCCUGCUCUGGAAGCUUCCCUUAGCUCGGGCCAAGAUCCGUGUCACCUCCAGCCCCAUUUUUAUUACCUUCUACAUCUUGGUGUUUGUGGUAGCCCUGGUUGGCAUUGCCAGGGCUGUGGUUUCUAUGACAGUCAGUGCCUCUGAUGCUGCGACAGUUGCUGAUAAGAUCCUGUGGGAGAUCACCCGCUUCUUCCUGCUGGCCAUUGAGCUGAGUGUGGUCAUCCUGGGCCUUGCCUUUGGUCACCUAGAGAGCAAGUCCAGCAUCAAGCGGGUACUGGCUAUCACCACAGUACUGUCUCUGGCCUACUCAGUCACCCAGGGGACUCUGGAGAUCCUGUACCCUGACUCCCAUCUGUCAGCUGAGGAUUUCAACAUCUAUGGCCAUGGUGGCCGCCAGUUCUGGCUUGUCAGCUCUUGCUUCUUUUUCCUGGUCUACUCACUGGUGGUAAUUCUCCCCAAGACCCCGCUGAAGGAUCGUGUAUCCCUGCCCUCACGGAGGAGUUUCUACGUGUAUGCAGGCAUCCUGGCCACACUUAACUUACUGCAGGGUUUGGGGAGUGCUCUGCUCUGCGCUGACAUCACUGAGGGGCUCUGCUGUGUGGACGCCACCACCUUCCUGUACUUCAGCUUCUUUGCGCCCCUCAUCUAUGUGGCCUUCCUCCGUGGCUUCUUCGGCUCAGAGCCCAAGAUCCUUUUCUCUUACAAAUGCCAAGUGGAUGAGGCAGAGGAGCCAGACAUGCACCUGCCACAACCCUACGCCGUGGCCCGGCGCGAGGGCAUCGAGUCCGCAGGACCCUCGGGAGUCUCAGCAGCCAACUACUCCAGCACGCAGUUCGACUCUGCUGGGGUGGCCUACUUAGAUGACAUUGCCUCCAUGCCCUGCCACACGGGCAGCAUCAACAGCACAGACAGUGAGCGUUGGAAAGCUAUCAAUGCCUGAGUGGGCACCUGAGCGUGUAAAGACAGACGGGCUUCUAGGUGCAGUGGAGUGCUGUGGAGGAACUCAUGUGGAUAGCCCUGGGCAGGCUACCUGCUCCCCCGGCUACCAGCCCCUUCCUGUUCUUCACCCCCAGUUCUCCUCUGCCUCCUGUGCUCCUGUUUGGGACCGCCACACUCCUGGCACUGCAUUCCUGCUGGGGUCCCGCCUGCCCAGCUCCUGUCCCUUCACAGCUCUCAGCCUCCUGGCCACAAGGCUGCAGUGUAUAUAUUUUCUUGAUCUAUUUUUUAAUAAAAGCAAAAAGAGUA